AUGGCGGUUGUACAAAAAGCCCUACAGGGAUAUCAAUAUGUAUUUGACGAAUUAUCAGACCCUCGGACAAAAGAAUGGUUGUUUGUAUCGGGUCCUGGCCCGUUGCUGACCAUAUUAGCAUCGUACUUAUAUUUCUGUACCAAAGCAGGUCCCAAGUAUAUGGAGACUAGAAAACCCUAUAGUCUUAAGAAUAUUGUGUUUGCCUACAAUAUAUUUCAGAUUAUUCUUAGUGUUUAUAUUACGUAUUUGGGUGUUUACUUCGUAUUUACAGAAAAAUACGUCAAUGGAUGUUACUCGGUAGAUACUUCAGAAAAUCCGACGGCCAUGCGGUGGGCAUCAGGAGUUUGGUGGUUUUACUUCGGGAAAAUCACAGAACUUCUCGACACCGUAUUCUUCGUUCUACGCAAAAAAGAUAGACAAAUAUCCUUUCUUCAUUUAUAUCAUCACACAAUAAUGCCGAUUAUAGGAUUUAUUGGAAUUAAAUACUCCGCAGGUGGACAAGCAAUUCCUGAGGGUUCAAUCAAUGCUUUUAUCCAUGUCAUAAUGUACACGUAUUACCUGAUCUCCGGACUCGGACCGCAGUACCAGAAGUACUUGUGGUGGAAGAAGUACCUCACCAGCAUGCAAUUGGUCCAGUUCUGCAUAGUAGCCUUCUUGAACGUGAACAGCUUCUUAUCGCAGUCUUGCAACUACCCAAAGUAUCUCUCCGUCAUAGUAUUAAUAAAUUGCAUUUUAUUCUUUGUAUUGUUUGGCAUGUUCUUCUACGAAAACUACAUUGCUGCUAACAAUAAGGAAAAAAAAUCCACCAAAAAAGAUCUUUAA